AUGGCUUCUACAACCGAUACAUUCCCCGGUCUUCUGAAGCCGACAGCGCGUCCUUACGAAUUGCCAAAGUUUAACGGCACUUUACUCCUUAUCAAGGACGGCUUUACCCUCACAACCCUACUCACCAUCGGAGCCCUUAUGCAAACCGUCUUGUUUCUCAUUCUCCCGACAAAAUAUGCCAUCAUUCCCAGCUCUGUCCUCGCCUUGAACUCCAUCAUAUCCACAAUCGUCGGUACAUAUUCCAAGAAACACAAUCCAUACCUCAACGGUAUUGUUCCCGGUGUCGUCACCGCCCAGUUUCCUGACCCCGCCACCGGAAAGAUCCCAGCUAUUCCUGCACGCCGUCCGCUUUUGGUUUUCCACCUCGGCCUCCGCUUCAACCAUCCUCUUGGUAUCCUAGCCCCUGGUCGUGAAAUUGGCGAGUACUUUGAUGCGAUGAACAAAGACCUCAAGGACCGGGCCGACGAAUACGGACUUUAUCACGUCUCCAGUUGGCAGUCUAUGGAGGCGGAACGUAACAACACACUGAUGUUUAUCUAUUACUUCCGGGACAUUGAGGGCCUCAACAAGUUUGCGCAUGACCCCGUCCACCGUAAAGGUUGGGAUUGGUACAACAGUAUCAGAAAGGAGUACACUCACCUCGGCAUUUUCCAUGAGGCUUUCGUAACGGGCGCUCAACAGUAUGAGACUAUUUACGGCAACAUGAAGCCCGUGUUGCUUGGUGCUGCAAGCGUGAAGUGCAAGAACGAGGAGACCAAGGAGGACGAAUGGGUUAACACGUUGGUGAAUGGAAAUGUUGGGCCGCUUAGGAGUCAAUUCCGUCGCAUGGGUAAAGCAAGCGCCCAAUUGACGGAAUAUAUUGUAUAG